UUCAAAAUGGAGAGAACAAAGUCUUUCCUCAUUGCUGCCCUCGUGGCAUUCAUUUUUGCUGAUAUGUCCAAAGCUAUUAAUAUUAAUGAAGAAACUGAACAGCCAGCCUGUGAUAAAUACAUUUUGCCAGCAUGUGCGAAGAAUUAUGCUCCUGUCUGUGGCACAGAUGGCAAUACAUACUCCAAUGAGUGUUUGAUGUGUAUUGAGAUCAAGCAAAGAAAAGCCAACAUCCGUAUAACGAAACGAGCAGAAUGUUAAAGAUACAUUUCCAUACCAGAAGAUGGAGUGCAUUUUGUAAAAGCAAUGAAUGACUAAGUUGUGAACAUAAUAAACAGAAUAACUU